CCGCAAGUUCACGUGCAGCUCCUGAAAUGCGUAGCAACGUGCGCACUUCUCCAACUCUACAUUUACUGUAUUGAGUUUUUGAGGAGUCAUGACUGAACAACUACAUUUGCGAGGCACCCUUCGGGGGCAUAAUGGCUGGGUAACACAAAUCGCCUGUAAUCCAAAGUUUCCUGAUACUCUCCUUUCAUCAUCCCGAGAUAAAACAUUGAUCUUGUGGAAGCUUACUCGUGACGACAUCAAUUACGGCAUCCCAAGAAAGCGUUUGAAAGGGCACGGGCAUUUUGUCACAGACGUUGUGAUGUCCUGUGACGGCCAAUAUGCUCUCUCCAGCUCGUGGGAUAAAACACUGCGGCUUUGGGAUCUCUGCGAGGGGACUACCACUCGUCGAUUCGAAGGUCAUGAUAAGGAUGUUUUGAGUGCAGCGUUUUCUGCAGAUAAUCGGCAGAUCGUGUCAGGAUCACGAGACAAAACGAUCAAACUAUGGAAUACUCUAGCAGAGUGCAAGUAUACCAUCAAGGACAACCAGCAUGAAGAUUGGGUAUCAUGUGUACGCUUCUCACCCACACCUGGGGACCCAACAGUGGUCUCUUGUGGCUGGGACUGGAAAGUAAAGGUGUGGAAUUUAGCCAACUGUAGGAUGCAUGCCGAGUACAGCCACUCUGGAUACCUCAACACUGUCACUGUGUCUCCAGAUGGCACACUCUGCGCUUCUGGUGGCAAAGACUGCAAAGCCAACCUGUGGGACUUGGAGAAGAGUGAGCUCAAGUGUGUGCGUGACAACCAAGACAUCAUUAAUGCAUUGUGCUAUAGUCCAAGCAGGUACUGGCUUUGUGUUGCCACAGGACCAGCCAUCAAGAUUUGGAACUUGGAAGACAACAGCCAGGUGGAUGAGUUGUGUCCUGAAGUGCUGACGCCAAAUGCCAAGGCUGAACUUCCACAGUGUAUAUCAUUGGCUUGGUCAGCUGAUGGCCAGACACUGUUUGCUGGCUAUACUGACAGUCUCAUCAGAGUUUGGCAAGUCUCAGUAAGCAUUAUUCAUUGAGCAGGUUAGUAGACAAGAGCAAUGCUCCAAGAACAUGAAAACCUACUUGCACUGCUGAAACAAACUUUAAAAGUAUGAACAUGUCACAUUGUGGUUAAGCUGCUGCUGACUGUCCUGUGCAGAGUGAAAAAUGAGACUUGCCUUUUCCCUUCUCUUGAUGCAUUAAGUGUCUGUGGUAUGUAUUGGUAUCAGUUCAAAAUUUGAACUUUUUGCUAUUAGUGUGUCAUGUUUUAGCAAAUGUCCAUGCAAGGUUCUAAGGGAAGAUGAGUCCUAAGGCCUUGAUCUUGAUCAAUCACUUUUAGGGAUAGUUUCAGGUUCCCUUUCAUGUGACAAUGUUCAGCACAUAUUUCUGCACUCAAGAACCAUGUAACCUGAAAAUAACUAUGAUGGGUGGUGUGCCAUUGCUUUUGUCAAAUCCACUUCCACUGGCUUAGCAACUAUCAGUGCAAAGAAAGCACCAUCCACGAAAUUGAAUGAGAAUAUAGUGCUUAGCAUCUACAGUUUGUUAACAUGCAUGGUUAUAUUUGCUUCCUUGUUCUUUUGCAAGCACAUUGUACUCAAGACUAGUCAGAAGCUUUUGUCAAAGGAGUGGUUUUAUGAAGUUUUAAUGUGUGGUUUUCUUUUGAAAUGUCACUGUUUUGGUUUUGAACUGAAAAAUAAAAGUGUUACUCAAGUGUUA